AUGAAUCGUCCUAUGAUCAUCCGUGUCACUCGCCAAUUGGGCACGCCUCUGUCCGCAGAACUCCCUCCGGCCUUCCUCGCUCCUGCGGUGCACGGCAAAGUUCAGUCCGCGAACUUUUCAUCUACAGCAUCCAAUGCAGCCCGUCAAUUCCCCGAUAAGAGCAAGCAACGUGGUGUCUCAGCCAUACAUAUGACAGGCCCACGAUAUCCAUUGACUGUUGCAAAAUUUCCUUUACCUGUACCUGUCGCUCGAGAAAACCUUCCACCUCGCGAGAGCAACCCGGACCAUGGACUUUGGGGAUUCUUUCCUCCGGAUAGGUUGCCAAUGAGCACUCCAGAAUACGAUAUUGCACACGGUCGCUCGUGGUCAAUUCAAGAAUUGCGCGGAAAGUCUUGGGAGGAUCUACACUGUUUAUGGUGGGUUUGUGUGAAAGAACGCAACCGCAUCUCUACAUCAAACGUGGAGAGAGAACGUCUCAAGGCAGGUUUUGGAGAAGCAGAGUUGAUAGACCGUGAGCGCGUGGUUCGAUCCACCCAGAGAGCUAUCAAACAUGUGCUCCGAGAACGAUGGUACGCGUGGGAAGAUGCGAGACAAAUCUGGUUGAAGGAAGCGGAGGAGCAGUGGCAGACAGAACACAAGAAGGCACAACUCACGGCGAAGUCAAAGAAAGAGGCGAAGAGGAAGGCACGAGCGGAGAAGAGGAAUGCACAGGCGGCGCCAGAAGCACAGCCAGAGAUUUAA